AUUGAAAUUGAAAUGAGUUAUAGAAUCGUCCCCCUAUACUCCUAAUUUGAGCUUCCCAGUAUAGAUUUUAGGACUCAAACACACCUACAAUUUUAAUUUAUAUUCGGUGUCCCAUUAUUUUACAAUAAUUCGUUUAUGACCAAACCAGUUCAUCACUCUCUCGCCUCGAUAUUAUAACCCAUCUUCAUUUGAAUCAAAGAAGAGAGACUCCUCAUUACUUGUUUCUUUUAUUUGGUUCCUUUCUCGCACACUUCCCUUGUGAACAGAGUUGAAACCUCUUCAACCUUAGAGUUUUAGUUUUCUCUAGUUGUUCAUCAUAGCAUUAUUAUUAUGGCUCAGAGGUACUUGCACCAGCUACUUGAAGAGGAUCAAGAGCCGUUCCUUCUAAACAAGUACAUUUCCGAUAGGCGAAGCCAAAUGAAAAGGCCUUCCCCGAUGACGAGUUUGCAAGUGAAGAAACGCAAAUCAACCAAUCCAAACGCAAACUUCCCGAGAAAUCUCUGCAAAAGCGCUUGUCUUUUCUCCCUCACAGACACUCCAGACCUCAGAAAAUCACCACUCUUCGAAUUCGCUUCCCCAGUCAAAAGCCCUUACAAAUCACCAAACCCUAUUUUUCUUCACAUCCCUUCUAGAACCGCUGCUCUGCUUCUAGAAGCCGCUCUCAGGAUCCAGAAACACACUUCAAAGCCCAAAACAAAAGCCCAAUCCUUCGGCCUCUUUGGGUCACUAUACAAGAGACUCACUCAGCGGAGCCAUAAAAGGCGAGAGAUAGAGUGUGGUGGUGGUGGCGUUAAGGUCUCGGUGAAGGAUGUUUUGAAGUGGGAUUCCUCUGUGGGGCGAAGAAAAGCUUCUAAAGCCAACGGGAAAUGCAAGGAAACAGGGAAUGUGAAUACGAAUGCGAGUGAAGUGGGGUUUGCGUGUUCUUACAAUAUUGGUAGGCCUAGUAGUAGUGCUGUUUGGUCAGAGAGCAAUGAAGAUAAAUCACUAGACAUUGAAACCUCAAGUAGUGGCUACUCUGAAAAGAUUCACUUCGUAACCAAUAUACACAAACACUACUCCACGUGCUUCUGCGAAAGCCCGUUCCGUUUUGUUCUUCAAACCAGCACCCCUUCCUCCGGCCACCACACGCCGGAGCUUCCCUCGCCGAGUCGCCACCCAACUGAGGAGAAAGAAAGUAAUGAAGGUGAGAGUCUGAAGAAAUUCGAAUCAGGGGAAGAAGAGGAGGAAGAUAAGGAACAGUGCAGUCCAGUGAGUGUGUUAGACCCACCAUUCGAGGACGACGACGAAGGGCAUGGAAACGGUGAUGAAGAAGAAGAGGAAGAGGAGGAGGGUGGUUUUGAUUUGGAGUGCAGCUAUGCGAUUGUACAGAGAGCCAAGCAGCAGUUAUUGUAUAAGCUUCGUAGAUUUGAGAAACUGGCGGAGUUGGAUCCAGUGGAACUUGAGAAAAGAAUGCAGGAUCAAGAAGAGGACGAGGAUGAAACAUUUAUGGAAGAGGAAGAUGGCCAUGAUGAGAAAAACCAAGCAUCAUGCAAAGAAAAUGACUUUAGAAAACUAAUUUUCCAAGCUCUGUGCCAGUCAAGGGUCCAUGACAGACAGCAAAUCCCAGAGGACUUUAAGAAGCUGGUUUCUGAUCUCAUUUUGGAAGAAGAGAGAGCACUUGAUUCCUUAGAAGAUAAGGACAUGGUGAUAAGCAGGAUAUGCAAGAGGCUGGAAUUGUGGAAAGAAGUGGAGUCUAAUACAAUUGACAUGAUGAUAGAAGAUGACUUCUCUAGAGAGGAUAGUGAGUGGAAGAGAAAUAUAGAGCAUAUAAGAAAUAUGGCUGGGGAGCUUGAGCUUGCUAUCUUUGGCUUUCUGGUGGAGGAAUUUUCAGAGGAACUAGUAUGUUAAUGAAUUAAAUUUUGAAGCAGCUGAAGAACUUAGUAUGAAUGAUCUUUAUUCUUUUUCUUAGAAUUAAGAGUACAGUCUGACUUUCAACGGGAUAGGCUAGUAAUUGAAAAAAAAAAAAAAAGUAACCCAAAAAGAUAAUCAGGGUAUAUAUGUACAUGACUCGUGUUUGUAGCUGGCUGUGGGGAUGCUGUAAGUUACCUUUCUUAAUGUAAUAAUAUAAUUUACACUUCUUGGUCCCAUUCUUACAA